UACACACACACAUACACACACAGUAGAGGUACACACACACACACACACACCGACACACACAGUGGAGGUACACACACACACACACACCGACACACACAGUAGAGGUACACACACACACACACACCGACACACACAGUAGAGGUAGACACCCGCAGACGCACAGACACACCAGGGCUAGCCGAGUCAGUUCAUUAUUUGAGUCAAGCCUUUACACCCAGUUGCUUCUACACAGGACUAAAAUUGGAUGCCUUUGGUGCUAACCCCCCCCCCAUCCCCCCCUCCGCCCCUCCCCCUCAGAGGUUCACUCCCCCCCCAACGUGGGUCUGCGUCGCAGCGGUCAGAUCGAGGGGGUGAGACAGAUGCACAGCAACGCCCCCCGGAGCCAAAUGGCCACAGAGACAGACCUGGUAGCAUGGAGCAGGAGGGUACUGGUCCCUGAGCUGGGGGACGCUGUGCUCAGGUAACAUACACACUCACACACACUCACACACUCACACACACACUCACAGAGUCCUCAAACGUGUGAUGUGUGAUGUGUUGUGUGUUGUGUGUAGGAGACAGCUGAACUGGAGGGAGGCUAAAGGAGAAGAGGAGAUCAGUGUCUACAGAUCAGAGAGGAGGCCACGCACUGUCCAGCUACACAGAGAGAGCAAGGUAUCACCCACGCACUGUCCAGCUACACAGAGAGAACAAGGUAUCACCCACGCACUGUCCAGCUACACAGAGAGAGCAAGGUAUCACCCACGCACUGUCCAGCUACACAGAGAGAGCAAGGUAUCACCCACGCACAGUCCAGCUACACAGAGAGAGCAAGGUAUCACCCACGCACUGUCCAGCUACACAGAGAGAGCAAGGUAUCACCCACGCACUGUCCAGCUACACAGAGAGAGCAAGGUAUCACCCACGCACUGUCCAGCUACACAGAGAGAGCAAGGUAUCACCCACGCACUGUCCAGCUACACAGAGAGAGCAAGGUAUCACCCACGCACUGUCCAGCUACACAGAGAGAGCAAGAUAUCACCCACGCACUGUCCAGCUACACAGAGAGAGCAAGGUAUCACCCACGCACUGUCCACCUACACAGAGAGAGCAAGGUAUCACCCACGCACUGUCCAGCUACACAGAGAGAGCAAGGUAUCACCCACGCACUGUCCAGCUACACAGAGAGAGCAAGGUAUCACCCACGCACUGUCCAGCUACACAGAGAGAGCAAGGUAUCACCCACGCACUGUCCAGCUACACAGAGAGAGCAAGGUAUCACCCACGCACUGUCCAGCUACACAGAGAGAGCAAGGUAUCACCCACGCACUGUCCAGCUACACAGAGAGAGCAAGGUAUCACCCACGCGCUGUCCACCUACACAGAGAGAGCAAGGUAUCACCCACACACUGUCCAGCUACACAGAGAGAGCAAGGUAUCACCCACGCACUUUCCAGCUACACAGAGAGAGCAAGGUAUCACCCACGCACUGUCCAGCUACACAGAGAGAGCAAGGUAUCACCCACGCACUGUCCAGCUACACAGAGAGAGCAAGGUAUCACCCACGCACUGUCCAGCUACACAGAGAGAGCAAGGUAUCACCCACGCACUGUCCAGCUACACAGAGAGAGCAAGGUAUCACCCACGCACUGUCCAGCUACACAGAGAGAGCAAGGUAUCACCCACGCACUGUCCAGCUACACAGAGAGAGCAAGGUAUCACCCACGCACUGUCCAGCUACACAGAGAGAGCAAGGUAUCACCCACGCACUGUCCAGCUACACAGAGAGAGCAAGGUAUCACCCCACGCACUGUCCAGCUACACAGAGAGAGCAAGGUAUCACCCACGCACUGUCCAGCUACACAGAGAGAGCAAGGUAUCACCCACGCACUGUCCCAGCUACACAGAGAGAGCAAGGUAUCACCCACGCACUGUCCAGCUACACAGAGAGAGCAAGGUAUCACCCACGCACUGUCCAGCUACACAGAGAGAGCAAGGUAUCACCCAAGCACUGUCCAGCUACACAGAGAGAGCAAGGUAUCACCCACGCACUGUCCAGCUACACAGAGAGAGCAAUGUAUCACCCACGCACUGUCCACCUACACAGAGAGAGCAAGGUAUCACCCACGCACUGUCCAGCUACACAGAGAGAGCAAGGUAUCACCCACGCACUGUCCAGCUACACAGAGAGAGCAAGGUAUCACCCACGCACUGUCCAGCUACACAGAGAGAGCAAGGUAUCACCCACGCACUGUCCAGCUACACAGAGAGAGCAAGGUAUCACCCACGCACUGUCCAGCUACACAGAGAGAGCAAGGUAUCACCCACGCACUGUCCAGCUACACAGAGAGAGCAAGGUAUCACCCACGCACUGUCCAGCUACACAGAGAGAGCAAGGUAUCACCCACGUACUGUCCACCUACACAGAGAGAGCAAGGUAUCACACACGCACUGUCCAGCUACACAGAGAGAGCAAGGUAUCACCCACGCACUGUCCAGCUACACAGAGAGAGCAAGGUAUCACCCAUGCACUGUCCAGCUACACAGAGAGAGCAAGGUAUCACCCACGCACUGUCCAGCUACACAGAGAGAGCAAGGUAUCACCCACGCACUGUCCAGCUACACAGAGAGAGCAAGGUAUCACCCACGCACUGUCCAGCUACACAGAGAGAACAAGGUAUCACCCACGCACUGUCCAGCUACACAGAGAGAGCAAGGUAUCACCCACGCACCGUCCAGCUACACAGAGAGAGCAAGGUAUCACCCACGCACCGUCCACCUACACAGAGAGAGCAAGGUAUCACCCACGCACUGUCCAGCUACACAGAGAGAGCAAGGUAUCACCCACGCACUGUCCAGCUACACAGAGAGAGCAAGGUAUCACCCACGCACUGUCCAGCUACACAGAGAGAGCAAGGUAUCACCCACGCACUGUCCACCUACACAGAGAGAACAAGGUAUCACCCACGCACUGUCCAGCUACACAGAGAGAGCAAGGUAUCACCCACGCACUGUCCAGCUACACAGAGAGAGCAAGGUAUCACCCACGCACUGUCCAGCUACACAGAGAGAGCAAGGUAUCACCCACACACUGUCCAGCUACACAGAGAGAGCAAGGUAUCACCCACGCACUGUGAGAGAGCAAGGUAUCACCCACGCACUGUCCAGCUACACAGAGAGAGCAAGGUAUCACCCACGCACUGUCCAGCUACACAGAGAGAGCAAGGUAUCACCCACGCACUGUCCACCUACACAGAGAGAACAAGGUAUCACCCACGCACUGUCCAGCUACACAGAGAGAACAAGGUAUCACCCACGCACUGUCCAGCUACACAGAGAGAGCAAGGUAUCACCCACGCACUGUCCACCUACACAGAGAGAACAAGGUAUCACCCACGCACUGUCCAGCUACACAGAGAGAGCAAGGUAUCACCCACGCACUGUCCACCUACACAGAGAGAGCAAGGUAUCACCCACGCACUGUCCAGCUACACAGAGAGAGCAAGGUAUCACCCACGCACUGUCCAGCUACACAGAGAGAGCAAGGUAUCACCCACGCACUGUCCACCUACACAGAGAGAACAAGGUAUCACCCACGCACUGUCCAGCAACACAGAGAGAGCAAGGUAUCACCCACGCACUGUCCACCUACACAGAGAGAACAAGGUAUCACCCACACACUGUCCAGCUACACAGAGAGAGCAAGGUAUCACCCACGCACUGUCCAGCUACACAGAGAGAGCAAGGUAUCACCCACGCACUGUCCAGCUACACAGAGAGAACAAGGUAUCACCCACGCACUGUCCAGCUACACAGAGAGAGCAAGGUAUCACCCACUUACUGUCCACCUACACAGAGAGAAAAAGGUAUCACCCACGCACUGUCCAGCUACACAGAGAGAGCAAGGUAUCACCCACGCACUGUCCACCUACACAGAGAGAGCAAGGUAUCACCCACACACUGUCCAGCUACACAGAGAGAGCAAGGUAUCACCCACGCACUGUCAUCCUACACAGAGAGAACAAGGUAUCACCCACGCACUGUCCAGCUACACAGAGAGAGCAAGGUAUCACCCACGCACUGUCCACCUACACAGAGAGAACAAGGUAUCACCCACACACUGUCCAGCUACACAGAGAGAGCAAGGUAUCACCCACGCACUGUCCAGCUACACAGAGAGAACAAGGUAUCACCCACGCACUGUCCAGCUACACAGAGAGAACAAGGUAUCACCCACGCACUGUCCAGCUACACAGAGAGAACAAGGUAUCACCCACGCACUGUCCAGCUACACAGAGAGAACAAGGUAUCACCCACGCACUGUCCAGCUACACAGAGAGAACAAGGUAUCACCCCCGCACUGUCCAGCUACACAGAGAGAGCAAGGUAUCACCCACACACUGUCCAGCUACACAGAGAGAACAAGGUAUCACCCACGCACUGUCCAUUUACACAGAGAGAGCAAGGUAUCACCCACACACUGUCCAGCUACACAGAGAGAGCAAGGUAUCACCCACGCACUGUCCAACUACACAGAGAGAGCAAGGUAUCACCCACGCACUGUCCAGCUACACAGAGAGAGCAAGGUAUCACCCACGCACUGUCCAGCUACACAGAGAGAACAAGGUAUCACCCACACACUGUCCAGCUACACAGAGAGAACAAGGUAUCACCCACGCACUGUCCAGCUACACAGAGAGAGCAAGGUAUCACCCCCGCACUGUCCAGCUACACAGAGAGAACAAGGUAUCACCCACACACUGUCCAGCUACACAGAGAGAGCAAGGUAUCACCCACGCACUGUCCACCUACACAUAGAGAGCAAGGUAUCACCCACGCACUGUCCACCUACACAGAGAGAACAAGGUAUCACCCACGCACUGUCCACCUACACAGAGAGAGCAAGGUAUCACCCACGCACUAUCCAGCUACACAGAGAGAACAAGGUAUCACCCACGCACUGUCCAGCUACACAGAGAGAGCAAGGUAUCACCCACACACUGUCCAGCUACACAGAGAGAGCAAGGUGUCACCCACGCACUGUCCAGCUACACAGAGAGAACAAGGUAUCACCCACGCACUGUCCAGCUACACAGAGAGAGCAAGGUAUCACCCACGCACUGUCCAGCUACACAGAUAGAGCAAGGUAUCACCCACGCACUGUCCAGCUACACAUAGAGAACAAGGUAUCACCCACGCACUGUCCAGCUACACAGAGCGAGCACAUUAACACACUGUCCAGCUACACAGAGAGAGCACAUUAACACACACUGUCCAGCUACACAGAGAGAGCACAUUAACACACACUGUCCAGCUACACAGAGAGAGCACAUUAACACACUGUCCAGCUACACAGAGAGAGCACAUUAACACACACUGUCCAGCUACACAGAGAGAACACAUUAACACACUGUCCAGCUACACAGAGAGAACACAUUAACACACUGUCCAGCUACACAGAGAGAACACAUUAACACACUGUCCAGCUACACAGAGAGAACACAUUAACACACUGUCCAGCUACACAGAGAGAACACAUUAACACACUGUCCAGCUACACAGAGAGAACACAUUAACACACACUGUCCAGCUACACAGAGAGAACACAUUAACACACUGUCCAGCUACACAGAGAGAACACAUUAACACACACUGUCCAGCUACACAGAGAGAACACAUUAACACACUGUCCAGCUACACAGAGAGAACACAUUAACACACUGUCCAGCUACACAGAGAGAACACAUUAACACACUGUCCAGCUACACAGAGAGAACACAUUAACACACAUGUCCAGCUACACAGAGAGAGCACAUUAAACACACUGUCCAGCUACACAGAGAGACACAUUAACACACUGUCCAGCUACACAGAGAGAACACAUUAACACACUGUCCAGCUACACAGAGAGAAACACAUUAACACACUGUCCAGCUACACAGAGAGAACACAUUAACACCACUGUCCAGCUACACAGAGAGAGCACAUUAACCACACUGUCCAGCUACACAGAGAGAACAAUUAACACCACUGUCCAGCUACACAGAGAGAACACAUUAACACACUGUCCAGCUACACAGAGAGAGCAAUUAACACACACUGUCCAGCUACACAGAGAGAACAAUUACCCCAUGUCCAGCUACACAGAGAGAGCAAUCACACACACUGUCCAGCUACACAGAGAGAACAAUACACCACAUGUCCAGCUACACAGAGAGAACAAGAUACCACCACUGUCCAGCUACACAGAGAGAGCAAGGUAUCACCCACCACUGUCCAGCUACACAGAGAGAACAAGGUAUCACCCACGCACUGUCCACUACACAGAGAGAGCAAGGUAUCACCCACCACUGUCCAGCUACACAGAGAGAGCAAGGUAUCACCCACGCACUGUCCACUACACAGAGAGACAAGGUAUCACCCACGCACUGUCCAGCUACACAGAGAGAGCAAGGUAUCACCCACGCACUGUCCAGCUACACAGAGAGAACAAGGUAUCACCCACACACUGUCCAGCUACACAGAGAGAACAAGGUAUCACCCACGCAUGUCCAGCUACACAGAGAGAGCAAGGUGUCACCCACGCAACUGUCCAGCUACACAGAGAGAACAAGGUAUCACCCACGCACUGUCCAGCUACACAGAGAGAGCAAGGUAUCACCCACGCACUGUCCAGCUACACAGAUAGAGCAAGGUAUCACCCACGCACUGUCCAGCUACACAUAGAGAACAAGGUAUCACCCACGCACUGUCCAGCUACACAGAGCGAGCACAUUAACACACUGUCCAGCUACACAGAGAGAGCACAUUAACACACACUGUCCAGCUACACAGAGAGAGCACAUUAACACACACUGUCCAGCUACACAGAGAGCACAUUAACACACUGUCCAGCUACACAGAGAGAGCACAUUAACACACACUGUCCAGCUACACAGAGAGAACACAUUAACACACUGUCCAGCUACACAGAGAGAACACAUUAACACACUGUCCAGCUACACAGAGAGAACACAUUAAACACACUGUCCAGCUUACACAGAGAGAACACAUUAACACACUGUCCAGCUACACAGAGAGAACACAUUAACCACACUGUCCAGCUACACAGAGAGAAAACAUUAACACACACUGUCCAGCUACACAGAGAGAACACAUUAACACACUGUCCAGCUACACAGAGGAGAACACAAUUAACACACAUGUCCAGCUACACAGAGAGAACACAUUAACCACACUGUCCAGCUACACAGAGAGAACACAUUAACACACUGUCCAGCUACACAGAGAGAACACAUUAACACAUGUCCAAGCUACACAGAGAGAAACACAUUAACACCACAAUGUCCAGCUACACAGAGAGAGCACAUUAACACACUGUCCAGCUACACAGAGAGAACACAUUAACACACUGUCCAGCUACACAGAGAGAACACAUUAACACACUGUCCAGCUACACAGAUGAGAACACAUUAACACACUGUCCAGCUACACAGAGAGAACACAUUAACACACACUGUCCAGCCUACACAGACGAGAGCCACAUUAACACACUGUCCAGCUACACAGAGAGAACACAUUAACACACUGUCCAGCUACACAUAGAGAACACAUUAACACACUGUCCAGCUACACAGAGAGAGCACAUUAACACACACUGUCCAGCUACACAGAGAGAACACAUUAACACACUGUCCAGCUACACAGAGAGAGCACAUUAACACACACUGUCCAGCUACACAGAGAGAACACAUUAACACACUGUCCAGCUACACAGAGAGAACACAUUAACACACUGUCCAGCUACACAGAGAGAACACAUUAACACACUGUCCAGCUACACAGAGAGAACACAUUAACACACUGUCCAGCUACACAGAGAGAACACAUUAACACACACUGUCCAGCUACACAGAGAGAACACAUUAACACACUGUCCAGCUACACAGAGAGAGCACAUUAACACACUGUCCAGCUACACAGAGAGAGCACAUUAACACACUGUCCAGCUACAGAACCAGUCAAAGGUUUGGACACACCUACUCAUUCCAGUUCUUGAAAUCUUCCUUAUUGACUGACCUUCAUGUCUUAAAGUAAUGAUGGACUGUCGUUUCUCUUUGCUUAUUUGAGCUGUUCUUGCCAUAAUAUGGACUUGGUCUUUUACCAAAUAGGGCUAUCUUCUGUAUACCACCCCUACCUUGUCACAACACAACUGAUUGGCUCAAACGCAUUAAGAAGGAAAGAAAUUCCACAAAUUAACUUUUAACAAGGCACACCUGUUAAUUGAAAUACAUUCCAGGUGACUACCUCAUGAAGCUGGUUGAGAGAAUGCCAAGAGUGUGCAAAGCUGUCAUCAAGGCAAAGGGUGGCUAUUUGAAGAAUCUCAAAUAUAAAAUAUAUUUUGAUGUUUAACACUUUUUUGGUUACAACAUGAUUCCAUAUGUGUUAUUUCAUAGUUGUGAUGUCUUCACUAUUAUUCUACAAUGUAGAAAAUAGUAAAAUUAAAGAAAAACCCUGGAAUGAGUAGGUGUGUCCAAACUUUUGACUGGUACUGUAUAUACAGAGAGAGCACAUUAACACCUCCCAAGAUACAUAAAGUUCCUAUUUUCUCUGUCUCUUUCAGUUCCCCUCUCCAGAGUGUGUAGGGGCGGAGGAGGGGAGGAGGAGUCAUGGUAACCAUGGCUACCAGACACGUGCGGCCGUGGAGGAGACGAGUCGUCAGAGCGCUGAGGUAGCCGAAGAUGAAGAUGACAGCGACAGCAUCUCAGAGGUACGGCCUGUUGUUGUUGACACUGAAGAGCUUCGAGGAGUUGACUGCAGGAGUUAUGAAAUUCAUGUAAAAACUAGAGGCCAGUUAGUAGUGGUAUUAAUAGUGGUAUUAAUAGUGGUAAUAAUAGAGUCUUGUGGUAUUAAUAGUGGUAUUAAUAGUGGUAUUAAUAGAGGCCUGUGGUAUUAAUAGAGGUAUUAAUAGUGGUAUUAAUAGAGGCCUGUGGUAUUAAUAGUGCUAUUAAUAGUGCUAUUAAUAGAGGCAUGUGGUAUUAAUAGUGGUAUUAAUAUAGGUAUUAAUAGUGGUAUUAAUAGAGGCCUGUGGUAUUAAUAGUGCUAUUAAUAGUGCUAUUAAUAGAGGCCUGUGGUAUUAAAUAGUGGUGUUAAUAGUGGUAUUAAUAGAGGCCUGUGGUAUUUAUAGUGGUAUUAAUAGUGGUAUUAAUAUAGGCCUGUGGUAUUAAUAGUGGUAUUAAUAGAGGCCUGUGGUAUUAAUAGAGGCCUGUGGUAUUAAUAGUGGUAUUAAUAGAGGUAUUAAUAUUGGUAUUAAUAGAUUCCUGUGGUAUUAAUAGUGGUAUUAAUAGAGGCCUGUGGUAUUAAUAGUGGUAUUAAUAGAGGUAUUAAUAUUGGUAUUAAUAGAGGCCUGUGGUAUUAAUAGUGGUAUUAAUAGAGGCCUGUGGUAUUAAUAGUGGAAUUAAUAGAGGCCUGUGGUAUUAAUAGUGGUAUUAAUAGAGGCCUGUGGUAUUAAUAGUGGUAUUAAUAGAGGCCUGUGGUAUUAAUACUGGUAUUAAUAUAGGCUUGUGGUAUUAAUAGUGGUAUUAAUAGAGGCCUGUGGUAUUAAUAGUGGUAUUAAUAGAGGCCUGUGGUAUUAAUAGUGGUAUUAAUAGAGGUAUUAAUAUUGGUAUUAAUAGAGGCCUGUGGUAUUAAUAGAGGCCUGUGGUAUUAAUAGAGGCCUGUGGUAUUGGCCAGUUAGGACCUUUUCUGCUGCCGCUUUAAAUACCUUCAGAAAACACAUGUGUUACAAAUUAUCUAUAACCAUAUGUCAUGCUUUAUAAAGGGUUCCUAAAUGUGGCAUAACUGUGUGACAUAACCACCAAUGUCAAAUGUGACAUAACCCACUAUGUCGAAAAUGAUAGAAACCUGUGCUUAAUAAAGGGUGGCGUAAGUAAAGGCCUUAUAAAUCAUAUUAAAUUGAGGCCGUGUCAUGCGUCUUAGUCAGGAUAGAUUCUCGCAUGACUGUAUUCGCUUUGGAUAAAAGCAUAUGCUAAAUUGUAUAUAUUAUAUUUCACUAACCUCUUUCCCUCCUGGGUGCAUAGUCAGUAUUGGACCUGACCUCAACUUCCACCAGAACACUCUACCGUGCAGUCAGAGCAGAACACUUUAGUAGGACCUUUUCAAAUCCCUUUGGAUUUUGUCCGUACUCCAUUUUCUCAGUUUUGUUUUUCCAGUUUUUUUUUCAGGUUUUCCUCUCACACUUUUUAAAUAGAACAACUACAACAUCAUCUGAUUUUUCUGUUCACAACAAUGUUUUUAAACCACAUCAGGGGAUGACUUUUGAGGUCUGGGAAAAAUCUAAGAAACUUUUGAGUGUAGAUAUUUGAAUGUAGUUGCCCUUUUAAUUCAGUGAGCAUGUCUUGCACUGUUGUUUGGUUGUAGAGGGUUUUCUGUAGUGCAGUAAUUGCACCUGUGAUGAUACAGUGAUUCACGUUCUGGCCAAUGGAAUGGGUGGAAUAAAAGGCCAGCAACACUCCGUAUUAUUCAGAGCCCCAUUAAAUGACACCAUAUUAAGUAUUCAGACCCCUCGACUUUUUCCAAAUGUUGUUACGUUACAGCCUUAUUCUAAAACGGAUUAAAGAAAUAAAAAUCCUCAGCAAUCUACACACAAUACCCCAUAAUGACAAAGCGAAAACAGGUUUUUAGAAAUGUUUGCAAAUGUAUUAAAAAUACAAAACAGAAAUACAUUAAUUUACAUAAGUAUUCAGACCCUUUGCUAUGAGACUCGAAAUUGAGCUCAGAUGCAUCCUGUUUCCAUUGAUCAUCCUUGAGAUGUUUCUACUACUUGAUUGGAGUCCAGCUGUGGUAAAUUCAAUUGAUUGGACAUGAUUUGGAAAGGCACACACCUGUCUAUAUAAGGUCCCACAGUUGACAGUGCAUGUCAGAGCAAAAACCAAUCCAUGAGGUCGAAGGAAUUGUCCGUAGAGCUCUGAGACAGGAUUGUGUCGAGGCACAGAUCUGGGGAAGCAUCGGAUUGUGGUGUUAAAUAGACGGCUACGAAUAAUAUAGAUGAGAACUCUCUUGCUUGCGAAAGUAUUCACACCCCUUGGCAUUUAUCCUGUUUUGUUGCCUUACAACCUGGAAUUAAAAUUGAUUUUCUGGGGGUUUGUAUCAUUUGAUUUACACAACAUGCCUACCACUUUGAAGAUGCAACAUAUGUUUUAUUGUGAAACAAACAAGAAAUAAGACAAAAAAACAGAGAACUUGAGCGUGCAUAACUAUUCACCCCCCCAAAGUAAAUACUUUGUAGAGCCACCUUUUGCAGCAAUUACAGCUGCAAGUCUCUUGGGGUAUGUCUCUAUAAGCUUGGCACAUCUAGCCACUGGGAUUUCUGCCCAUUCUUCAAGGCAAAACUGCUCCAGCUCUUUCAAGUUGGAUCGGUUCCACUGGUGUAAAGCAAUCGUUAAGUCAUACCACAGAUUAUUAAUUGGAUUAGGCCAUUCCAAGACAUUUAAAUGUUUCCCCUUAAACCACUCAAGUGUUGCUUUAGCAGUAUGCUUAGGGUCAUUGUCCUGCCGGAAGGUGAACCUCCAUCCCAGUCUCAAAUCUCUGGAAGACUGAAACAGGUUUCCCUCAAUAAUUUCCCUGUAUUUAGCACCAUCCAUCAUUCCUUGAAUUCUGACCAGUUUCUCAGUCCCUGCCGAUGAAAAACAUCCCCACAGCAUGAUGCUGCCAGCACCAUGCUUCACUGUGGGGAUGGUGUUCUCGGGGUGAUGAGAGGUGUUGGGUUUGAGCCAGACAUAGCGUUUUCCUUGAUGGCCAAAAAUCUCAAUUUUAGUUUCAUCUGACCAGUGUACCUCCUUCCAUAUGUUUGGGGAGUCUCCCACAUGUUUGCUUAUUUUUUUCUUUAAGCAAUGGCUUUUUUUCUGGCCACUCUUCUGUGAAGCCCAGCUCUGUGGAGUGUACGGCUUAAAGUGGUCCUAUGGACAGAUACUCCAAUCUCCACUGUGGAGCUUUGCAGCUCCUUCAGGGUUAUCUUUGGCCUCUGAUUAAUGCCCUCCUUGCCUGGUCCGUGAGUUUUGGUGGGCGGCCCUCUCUUGGCAGGUUUGUUGUGGUGCGAUAUUCUUUCCAUUUUAAAAUUAUGGAUUUAAUGGUGCUCCGUGGGAUGUUCAAAGUUUUGGAUAUUUUUUUAUUACCCAACCCUGAUCUGUACUUCUCCACAACUUUGUCCCUGACCUGUUUGGAGAGCUCCUUGGUCAUGGUGCCGCUUGCUUGGUGGUGCCCCUUGCUUAGUGGUGUUGCAGACUCUGGGGCCUUUCAGAACAGGUGUAUAUAUACUGACACUUAGAUUGCACACAGGUGGACUUUAUUUAACUAAUUAUGUGACUUCUGAAGGUAAUUAUUUGCACCAGAUCUUAUUUAGGGGCUUCAAAGCAAAGGGGGUGAAUACAUAUGCACGCACCACUUUUCCUUUAUUUAUUUUGUAUAAUUUUUUGAAAUAAGUUAUUUUUUUAAUUUCACUUCACCAAUUUGGAGUAUUUUGUGUAUGUCCAUUACAUGACAUCCAAAUAAAAUCAAUUUAAAUUACAGGUUGUAAUGCAACAAAAUAGGAAAAAAUGCCAAGGGGGGUGAAUUUUAGAAUAAGGCUGUAACUUAACAAAAUGUGGGAAAAGUCAAGGGGUCUGAAUACUUUCCGAAUGCACUGUAUAUAUGUACAGUACCAGUCAAAAGUUUGGACACACUGACCCAUUCAAGAGUUUUUCUUUAUUUGUACUAUUUUCUACAUUGUAGAAUAAUAGUGAAGACAUCAAAACUAUGGAAUCAUAUAGUAACCCAAAAUUUUUUAAACAAAUCUAAAUAUAUUUUAAAUUUGCGAUUUUUCAAAUAGCCAUCCUUUGCCUUGAUGACAGCUUUGCACACUCUUGGCAUGCUCUCAACCAGCUUCACCUGGAAUGCUUUUACAACAGUCUUGAAGGAGUUCCCACAUAUGCUGAGCACUUGUUGGCUGCUUUUCCUUCACUCUGCCGUCCGACUCAUUCCUAACCAUCUCAAUUUGGUUGAGGUCUGGGGAUUGUGGAGGCCAGGUCAUCUGAUGCAGCACUCAAUCACUCUCCUUCGUGGUCAAAUAGCCCUUACACAGCCUGGAGGUGAUUUGGGUCAUUGUCCUGUUGAAAAACAAAUGAUAGUCCCACUAAGCCCAAACCAGAUGGGAUGGUGUAUCGCUGCAGAAUGCUGUGGUAGCCAUGCUGGUUAAGUGUGUUCUAAAUAAAUCAAAGACAGUGUCACCAGCAAAGCACCCCCACACCAUAACACCUCCUCCUCCAUGCUUUACGGUGGGAACUACACAUGCGGAGAUCAUCCGUUCGCCCACACCGCGUCUCACGAAGACAUGACAGUUGGAACCAAAAAUCGCCAAUUUGGACUCCAGACCAAAUGACAAAUUUCCACCUAUCUAAUGUCCAUUGCUCAUCUUUCAGGCCCAUGCAGGUCUCUUCUUCUUAUUGGUGUCCUUUUAGUAGUUUUUUUUUUUUUUCAGCAAUUCGACCAUGAAGGUCUGAUUCACACAGUCCCCUCUGAAUAGUUGAUGUCGAGAUGUGUCUGUGACGUGAACUCUGAAGCAUUUAUUUUGGCUGGAAUUUUUUAGGUUGGUAUCUCUAAUGAACUUAUCCUCUGCAGCAGAGGUAACUCUGGGUCUUCCAUUCCUGUGGCGGUCCUCAUGAGAGCCAGUUUCAUCAUAGCGCUUGAUGGUUUUUCCAAUUGCUUCUUGAAAUGUUCCGUAUUGACUGACCUUCAUGUCUUAAAGUAAUGAUGGACUGUCGUUUCUCUUCGCUUAUGUGAGCUGUUCUUGCCAUAAUAGGGACUUGGUCUUUUCCCAAAUAGGGCUAUCUUCUGUAUACCCCCCCCUACCUUGUCACAACACAGCUGAUUGGCUCAAACGCAUUAAGAAGGAAAGAAAUUCCACAAAUUAACUUUUAAGAAGGCACACCUGUUAAUUGAAAUGCAUUCCAGGUGACUACCUCAUGAAGCUGGUUGAGAGAAUGCCAAGGAGUGUGCAAAACUGUCAUCAAGGCAAAGGGUGGCUAUUUGAAGAAUCUCAAAUAUAAAAUAUAUUUUGAUUUGUUUAACACUUUUUUGUUUACUACAUGAUUCCAUAUGUGUUAUUUCAUAGUUUUGAUGUCUUCACUAUUAUUCUACAAUGUACAAAUAGUCCAAAAAAAAACACACAAAAAACCUCUGGAAUGAAUAGGUGUUCAAACUUUUGACUGGUAUUGUUUGUCUAAUAAAUGACCAAAGGGGUCUGACUUUAAAUGAAGUACAUCAUCAUGGAUAUAGAGUCUUUAUGGAUGUGUUAUGAAUGACCGAAGGUGUCUCACUUCAAACUAAGUAUUACAGGACACUACAUGAAGCGUCAAUAAACAGGUUAUUUACGUUCUGCUGAUUUAUGAAGGUUCUCUCGUGAUCCACAGGUUACUGUAGGGUGUGAGAGGUUUUUAAAUGGGUUGAUGGACCUGCAAAGCUUGUCUGUGUGUCAGAACCAAGAUGAUUUGGAGUGGUCCAACCUGAGACCACCUCACCAGGUAUUCCUCUUCUGAUCCCAUGGAGACCAGGGCUUCAUUACAACCUGUUUACAAUGGUGCCAACAUUUUCCUGCUGAUCUUUCAGCGGGGGAGUGGGUGAAUGUGUCAAAGACCUGACUGGGUCCAGCACCACACGGUAUGACUGGUUAUAUUGUUGUGUUAAAGACCUGACUGGACCCAGCACCACACGGUAUGGCUGGUUAUAUUGUUGUGUUAAAGACCUGACUGGACCCAGCACCACACGGUAUGGCUGGUUAUAUUGUUGUGUUAAAGACCUGACUGGACCCAGAACCACACGGUAUGACUGGUUAUAUUGUUGUGUUAAAGACCUGACUGGGUCCAGCACCACACGGUAUGACUGGUUAUAUUGUUGUGUUAAAGACCUGACUGGACCCAGCACCACACGGUAUGGCUGGUUAUAUUGUUGUGUUAAAGACCUGACUGGGUCCAGCACCACACGGUAUGACUGGUUAUAUUGUUGUGUUAAAGACCUGACUGGACCCAGAACCACACGGUAUGACUGGUUAUAUUGUUGUGUUAAAGACCUGACUGGGUCCAGCACCACACGGUAUGACUGGUUAUAUUGUUGUGUUAAAGACCUGACUGGACCCAGCACCACACGGUAUGGCUGGUUAUAUUGUUGUGUUAAAGACCUGACUGGACCCAGCACCACACGGUAUGGCUGGUUAUAUUGUUGUGUUAAAGACCUGACUGGACCCAGAACCACACGGUAUGACUGGUUAUAUUGUUGUGUUAAAGACCUGACUGGGUCCAGCACCACACGGUAUGACUGGUUAUAUUGUUGUGUGUGUUCGUGUAUUGAGGAACAUGUAACUUGGUUCCAGAAGAAAGACACUUCAAUUUCGUUAGGUUGGGGGGCUUUCAUCAAGGUGAACGUCGUCCCCAGGCUGUUGAACACACAGCACAGAUAACCCUGGGAGAUCAACCAUUCAGAGCUGGUCUUAGUGAAAGUGACCAUAGAGUUCUAUAGGACUGUCCUUAGUGAGUAAAGUAGUUGUCAUCAUCACUAGUUAACACAGUCGUAGUUAUGGCUAAACCCCGCCCAUUUCCACAAUUGAUCUAAUUAAAGUUGUAUUUGAAACCUAACCCUAACUAGUGAAGGCCAGGUUUGAUGCGUGCCUGGGAAUGAGAUGAGGUGUAAUGUGAUUUGAAACCUAACCCUAACUAAUGAAGGCCAGGUUUGAUGCGUGCCUGGGAAUGAGAUGAGGUGUAAUGUGACAUCCCUUCAGAGCGUGUGUUGUGUGUCACAACACGUCACCCUUUAUAAAGCACAUGAUUAUAUCAGAUUCAACAUAGUGGGUUAUGUCACAGUUAUGAACCCUUUAUAAAGCAUGACAUAGGGUUAUAGAUGUGUUGUCAAACAUGUAUAUAGUGCUUAUGAAGGCAUUAUUAAGGCUUUAUGAACCCUUGAAGCUUUCAAGCGGGAUCGAUUUGGUGAAAUCUCGUCUCCCUCUCCUCCCUCUCUCCUCCCUCCCUCUCCUCUCUUUCUCCUCUCCCUCCUCUUUCUCCUCCCUCUCCUCCCUCUCUCCUCUCUCUCCCUCUCCCUCUCUCCUCCAUCUCGCUCUCUCCUCCCUCUCUCCUCUCCCUCUCUCUCCUCCCUCUCUCCUCUCCCUCUCUCUCCUCCCUCCCUCUCCUCUCUCUCCCUCCCCCCUCUCCCUCUCUUCUCCUCCCUCUCUCCUCCUCCCUCUCCCCUCCCUCUCUCUCCUCCCUCUCUCUCUCUCUCUCUCCCUCUCCCGCUCUCCUCUCUCCUCUCUCUCUCCCCUCUCUCCCCUCUCUCCUCUCUCUCCCCCCUCUGCCCCCUCUCCUCUCUCCCCUCUCUCCCCCCUCUCCCUCUCCUCUCCCUCGUCUCUCUCUCUCCCGUCUCUCUCCUCCUCUCCCCCCCCCUCUCUCUCCCCCCUCUCCCCCUCUCUCUCCCCCUCCAGCCGUCUUCCUCUCCCCCGGUCCUCCGCCCCCUCUCCUCCCUGUGCCCUCCCCCCCCCCGGCUCUUCCCAGGAGAGGUAGAUUUGCAUCCUAACCCUGUGAAUGGGAACUCUUCAGAGGAGGAGAAGGAGGAAGAGGAGAAGGAGGAAGAGGAGAAGGAGCCCUGGCCUGAAGACCACAGCAGCUCCAGGUAGGAACACAUAGACACACACACACACACACACACACACACACACACACACACACACACCCAGACCACAGCAGUUCCUUUCAUGGCUACUUGGUGACUAUUCCAGUGACUACCUGUUAUAGUGGCUACUCUGACCAAUAUGUUACUGUAGUGACUACUACUGGUGACUAUUCUGUAGAUAUAGUGACUACUACUGGUGACUAUUAUGUAGAUAUAGUGACUACUACUGGUGGCUGUUCUGUAGAUAUAGUGACUACCACUGGUGACUAUUCUGUAGACAUAGUGACUACUCUGACUAUUCUGUAGACAAGGUGAUACUCGGACUAUUCUGUAGAUAUAGUGACUACUCUGGUGACUGUUCUGUUGACAUAAUGACUGCUCUGACUAUUCUGUAGAUAUAGUGACUACUCUGGCUAUUCUGUAGACAUAGUGACUACUCUGACUAUUCUGUAGACAAGGUGAUACUCGGACUAUUCUGUAGACACAGUGAGUACUCUUGCUAUUCUGUAGACACAGUGACUACUCUGGUGGCUGUUCUGUAGACAUAGUGACUACUCUGGUGACUGUUCUGUUGACAUAAUGACUGCUCUGACUAUUCUGUAGACAUAGCGACUACUCUGACUAUUCUGUAGACACAGUGACUACUCUGGGUAUUCUGUAGACAUAGUGACUACUCUAACUAUUCUGUAGACAUAGCGACUACUCUGACUAUUCUGUAGACACAGUGACUACUCUGGGUAUUCUGUAGACAUAGUGACUACUCUAACUAUUCUGUAGACAUAGCGACUACUCUGACUAUUCUGUAGACAUAGUGACUACUCUAACUAUUCUGUAGACAUAGUGACUACUCUGACUAUUCUGUAGACAUAGUGACUACUCUUGCUAUUCUGUAGACACAGUGACUACUCUGGGUAUUCUGUAGACAUAGUGACUACUACUGGUGGCUAUUCUGUAGACAUAGUCACUACUCUGACUAUUCUGUAGACAUAGUGACUACUCUGACUAUUCUGUAGACAUAGUGACUACUUUGACUAUUCUAUAGACAUUGUGAAUACUCUGACUAUUCUGUAGACAUAGUGACUACUCUGACUAUUCCGUAGACAUGGUGACUACUCUGACUAUUCUGUAGACAUAGUGACUACUCGGACUAUUCUGUAGACAUAGUGACUACUCUGACUAUUCUGUAGACAUAGUGACUACCCUGACUAUUCUGUAGACAUAGUGACUACUCUGAAUAUUUUGUAGACAUAAUGACUACUCUAACUAUUCUGUAGACAUAGUGACUACUCCGACUAUCCUGUAGACACAGCGACUACUCUGACUAUUCUGCAGACAUUGUGACUACUCUGACUAUUCUGUAGACAUAGUGACUACUUUGACUAUCCUGUAGACAUAGUGACUACUCUGACUAUUCUGUAGACAUAGUGACUACUCCGACUAUCCUGUGGACAUAGUGACUACUCUGACUAUUCUGUAGACAUAGUGACUACUCUGAAUAUUCUGUAGACAUAGUGACUACUCUGAAUAUUCUGUAGACAUAGUGACUACUCCGACUAUCCUGUAGACAUAGUGACUACUCUGGUGGCUGUUCUGUAGACAUAGUGACUACUACUGGUGACUGUUCUGUUGACAUAGUGACUACUCUGGCUAUUCUGUGGACAUAGUAAUUACUUUGACUAUUUCGUUGAUAUAGUGACUACUCUGACUAUUCUGUAGACAUAGUGACUACUCUGAAUAUUCUGUAGACAUAGUAACUACUCUGAAUAUCCUGUAGACAUAGUGACUACUCUGACUGUUCUGUAGACAUAGUGACUACUCUGACUAUUCUGUAGACAUAGUGACUACUCUGACUAUUCUGUUGACAUAGUGACUACUCUGGUGGCUGUUCUGUAGACAUAGUGACUACUACUGGUGACUGUUCUGUUGACAUAGUGACUACUCUGGCUAUUCUGUGGACAUAGUAAUUACUUUGACUAUUUCGUUGAUAUAGUGACUACUCUGACUAUUCCGUAGACAUAGUGACUACUCUGACUAUUCUGUGGACAUGGUGACUACUCCGACUGUUCUGUAGACAUAGUGACUACUCUGACUAUUCUGUGGACAUAGUAAAUACUUUGACUAUUCAGUUGAUAUAGUGACUACUCUGACUAUUCUGUAGACAUAGUGACUACUCUGACUAUUCUGUAGACAUAGUGACUACUCUGACUAUUCUGUAGACAUAGUGACUACUCUGACUAUUCUGUAGACAUAGUGGACUCCUACUGAACUAUUUGAAAGAAAUAGUUGGCUACUCUGGCUAUUCUGUAGACAUAGUGACUACUCUGACUAUUCUGUAGACACAGUGACUACUCUGGGUAUUCUGUAGACAUAGUGACUACUACUGGUGGCUAUUCUGUAGACAUAGUCACUACUCUGACUAUUCUGUAGACAUAGUGACUACUCUGACUAUUCUGUGGACAUAGUGACUACUCUGACUAUUCUGUAGACAUGGUGACUACUCUGACUAUUCUGUGGAUAUAGUGAAUACUCUGACUAUUCUGUGGACAUAGUGACAACUCUGACUAUUCUGUAGACAUAGUGACUACUCUGACUAUUCUGUGGAUAUAGUGAAUACUCUGACUAUUCUGUAGACAUAGUGACUACUCUGACUAUUCUGUAGACAUAGUCACUACUCUGACUAUUCUGAAGACAUAGUGACUACUCUAACUAUUCUGUAGACAUAGUGACUACUCUGGGUAUUCUGUAGACACAGUGACUACUCUGGGUAUUCUGUAGACAUAGUGACUACUACUGGUGGCUAUUCUGUAGACAUAGUCACUACUCUGACUAUUCUGUAGACAUAGUGACUACUCUGACUAUUCCGUAGACAUAGUGACUACUCUGACUAUUCUGUAGACACAGUGAAUACUCUGACUAUUCUGCAGACAUAGUGACUACUCCGACUAUUCUGUAAACAUAGCGAAUACUCUGACUAUUCUGCAGACAUAGUGACUACUCUGACUAUUCUGUUGACAUAGUGACUACUCUAACUAUUCUGUAGACAUAGUGACCACUCUGACUAUUCUGAAGACAUAGUGACUGCUCUGACUAUUCUGUAGACAUAGUGACUACUCUGGGUAUUCUGUAGACACAGUGACUACUCUGGCUAUUCUGUAGACACAGUGACUACUCUGGGUAUUCUGUAGACAUAGUGACUACUACUGGUGGCUAUUCUGUAGACAUAGUCACUACUCUGACUAUUCUGUAGACAUAGUGACUACUCUGACUAUUCUGUAGACACAGUGACUACUCUGGGUAUUCUGUAGACAUAGUGACUACUACUGGUGGCUAUUCUGUAGAUAUAGUCACUACUCUGACUAUUCUGUAGACAUAGUGACUACUCUGACUAUUCUGUGGACAUAGUGACUACUCUGACUAUUCUGCAGACAUAGUGAAUACUCCAACUAUUCUGCAGACAUAGUGACUACUCUGACUAUUCUGUGGACAUAGUGACUACUCCGACUAUUCUGUAGACAUAGUUAAUACUCUGACUAUUCUGUAGACAUAGUGACUACUCUGACUAUUCUGUAGACAUAGUGACUACUCUUGACUAUUCUGUAGACACAGUGACUUCUCUGGGUAUUCUGUAGACAUAGUGACUACUACUGGUGGCUAUUCUGUAGACAUAGUCACUACUCUGACUAUUCCGUAGACAUAGUGACUACUCUGACUAUUCUGCAGAAAUAAUGACUACUCUGACUAUUCUGUUGACAUAGUGACUACUCUGACUAUUCUGUAGACAUACUGACUACUCUGUCUAUCCUGUGGACAUAGUGACUACUCUGACUAUUCCGUAGACAUGGUGACUACUCUAACUAUUCUGUAGACAUAGUGACUACUCCAACUAUUCUGUAGACAUAGUGACUACUCUGACUAUUCUGUAGACAUAGUGACUACACUGACUAUUCCAUAGACAUGGUGACUACUCUGACUAUUCUGUAGACACAGUGACUACUCUGACUAUUCUGUAGACAUAGUGACUACUCUGACUAUUCUGUAAACAUAGUGACUACUCUGACUAUUCUGUAGACAUAGUGACUACUCCGACUAUCCUGUAGACAUGGUGACUACUCCGACUAUACCGCAGACAUAGUGAACACUCUGACUAUUCUGUAGACAUAGUGACUACUCGGACUAUUCCGAAGACAUGGUGACUGCUCUGACUAUUCUGUAGACAUAGUGACUACUCUGACUAUUCUGUAGACAUAGUGACUACUCCGACUAUUCUGCAGACAUAGUGACUACUCUGACUAUUCUGUGGACAUAGUGACUACUUUGAAUAUUCUGUUGACAUAGUGACUACUCUGACUAUUCUGUAGACAUAGUGACUACUCCGACUAUCCUGUAGACAUAGUGACUACUCUGACUAUUCUGUAGACAUAGUGACUACUCUGAAUAUUCUGUAGACACAGUGAGUACUCUAACUAUUCUGUAGACACAGUGACUACUCUGACUAUUCUGUAGACAUAGUGACUACUCCGACUAUCCUGUAGACAUAGUGACUACUCUGACUAUUCUGUGGACAUAGUGACUACUCUGGGUAUUCUGUAGACAUAGUGACUACUCUGACUAUUCUGUAGACAUAGUGACUACUCCGACUAUCCUGUAGACAUAGUGACUACUCUGACUAUUCUGUAGACAUAGUGACUACUCUGACUAUUCUGUAGACAAGGUGAUACUCUGACUAUUCUGUAGACAUAGUGACUACUCUGACUAUUCUGUGGAUAUAGUGACUACUCUGGUGGCUGUUCUGUAGACAUAGUGACUACUACCGGUGACUGUUCUGUAGACAUAGUGACUACUCUAACUAUUCUGUAGACACAGUGAGUACUCUGACUAUUCUGUAGACAUAGUGACUACUCCGACUAUUCUGUAGACAUAGUGACUACUCUGACUAUUCUGUGGACAUAGUGACUACUCUGAAUAUUCUGUAGACAUAGUGACUACUCUGACUAUUCUGUAGACACAGUGACUACUCCGACUAUCCUCUAGACAUAGUGACUACUCUGACUAUUCUGUUGACAUAGUGACUACUCUGAAUAUUCUGUAGACACAGUGAAUACUCUGACUAUUCUGUAGACAUAGCGACUACUCUGACUAUUCUGCAGACAUAGUGACUACUCUGACUAUUCUGUGGACAUAGUGACUACUUUGAAUAUUCUGUUGACAUAGUGACUACUCUGACUAUUCUGUAGACAUAGUGACUACUCCGACUAUCCUGUAGACAUAGUGACUACUCUGACUAUUCUGUAGACAUAGUGACUACUCUGAAUAUUCUGUAGACACAGUGAGUACUCUAACUAUUCUGUAGACACAGUGACUACUCUGACUAUUCUGUAGACAUAGUGACUACUCUGGGUAUUCUGUAGACAUAGUGACUACUCUAACUAUUCUGUAGACAUAGUGACUACUCUGACUAUUCUGUAGACAUAGUGACUACUCUAACUAUUCUGUAGACACAGUGAGUACUCUGACUAUUCUGUAGACAUAGUGACUACUCCGACUAUUCUGUAGACAUAGUGACUACUCUGACUAUUCUGUGGACAUAGUGACUACUCUGAAUAUUCUGUAGACAUAGUGACUACUCUGACUAUUCUGUAGACACAGUGACUACUCCGACUAUCCUCUAGACAUAGUGACUACUCUGACUAUUCUGUUGACAUAGUGACUACUCUGAAUAUUCUGUAGACACAGUGAGUACUCUGACUAUUCUGUAGACAUAGCGACUACUCUGACUAUUCUGUAGACAUAGUGACUACUCUGGUGGCUGUUCUGUAGACAUAGUGACUACUACUGGUGACUGUUCUGUUGACAUAGUGACUACUCUGACUAUUCUGUGGACAUAGUAAUUACUUUGACUAUUCCGUUGAUAUAGUGACUAAUCUGACUAUUCCAUAGACAUAGUGACUACUCUGACUAUUCUGUGGACAUAGUGACUACUCCAACUGUUCUAUAGACAUAGUGACUACUCUGACUAUUCUGUGGACAUAGUAAAUACUUUGACUAUCCCGUUGAUAUAGUGAUACUCUGACUAUUCCGUAGACAUAGUGACUACUCUGACUAUUCCAUAGACAUAGUGACUACUCCGACUAUUCUGUAGACAUAGUGACUACUCUGACUAUUCUGUGGAUAUAGUAACUACUCUGACUGUUCUGCAGACAUAGUGAAUACCCUGACUAUUCCGUAGACAUAGUGACUACUCUGACUAUUCUGUUGACAUAGUGACUACUCUGGCUAUUCUGUAGACAUAGUGACUACUCUGGUGACUGUUCUGUUGACAUAGUGACUACUCUGACUAUUCUGUGGACAUAGUAAUCACUUUGACUAUUCUGUUGAUAUAGUGACUACUCUGACUAUUCCGCAGACAUAGUGACUACUCUGACUAUUCUGUAGACAUAGUGACUACUCUGUUAGCUGUUCUGUAGACAUAGUGACUACUCUGACUGUUCUGUAGACAUAGUGACUACUCUGACUAUUCUGCAAACAUAGUGACUACUCUGACUGUUCAGUAAACAUAGUGACUACUCUGACUAUUCUGCAGACAUAGUGACUACUCUGACUAUUCUGUAGACAUAGUGACUGCUCUGACUAUUCUGUAGACAUAGUGACUACUCUAACUAUUCUGUAGACAUAGUGACUACUCUGACUAUUCUGUAGACAUAGUGACUACUCUGAAUAUUCUGUAGACAUAGUGACUGGUCAGACUAUUCCGUAGACAUAGUGACUACUCUGACUAUUCUGUAGACAUAGUGACUGGUCAGACUAUUCCGUAGACAUAGUGACUACUCUGGCUAUUCUGUAGACAUAGUGACUACUCUGAAUAUUCCGCUGACAUAGUAACUACUCUGACUAUUCUGCGAACAUAGUGACUACUCUGAAUAUUCUGCGAACAUAUUGACUACUCUGACUCUCUGUUGCUAUAGUGACUACUCUGACUGUUGCUAUAGUGACUACUCUGAUUCUAUGUUGCUAUAGUGACUACUCUGACUCUAUGUUGCUAUAGUGACUACUCUGACUCUAUGUUGCUAUAGUGACUACUCCAGUGACUACUCUGACUGGACGGCAGAUGCAGGGAUCAACCUGGAACCACCGAAGAAGAAUGUGAAAAUGAAAAAGAAGAGCUGCAGCUCUGAGGAGGAUGGAGAGAAGAAGAGAGAGGGAAAGAGAGACAGGAAGAAAGACAAAGCAGACAAAGACGGAGCGCUACCAAAGAAGAAGAAGCCAAAGGAGAGGAGGAAGGUGUGUGUUGUCUUCAUGUGUGUCUCAGAAUGACUGUCUCUGAUUACAAGGUUUUCUUUUCAAGUAAAAUCCCUCUUCUUCCCUCUCUCUCUCUCUCUCUCUCUCUCUCUCUCUCUCUCUCUCUCUCUCUCUCUGUCUCUCUGUCUCUCUCUCUCUCUCUCUCUCUCUCUCAGAGGGUGGAGUUCCAGGAGGAGGGGCUAACUCUAGAGGAGUGGCUUCCGUCAGCCUGGAUCACAGACACAGUCCCUCGGAGAUGUCCCUAUAUACCACAGAUGGGAGACGAGGUAACACACACAUUAACCCACCCAGCCAGCCACCCACCCAGCCAGCCAUACACCCACCCACCCAGCCAGCCAGCCACCCAGCCAGCCAGCCAUCCACCCACCCACCCACCCACCCAGCCAGCCACCAAGCCAGUGUCCUAACAGUGUGUUGUGUUGUCCAGGUGUACUACACCCACCCAGCCAGCCAGCCAGUGUCCUAACAGUGUGUUGUGUUGUCCAGGUGUACUACACCCACCCAGCCAGCCAGUGUCCUAACAGUGUGUUGUGUUGUCCAGGUGUACUACACCCACCCAGCCAGCCAGUGUCCUAACAGUGUGUUGUGUUGUCCAGGUGUACUACACCCACCCAGCCAGCCAGCCAGUGUCCUAACAGUGUGUUGUGUUGUCCAGGUGUACUACACCCACCCAGCCAGCCAGUGUCCUAACAGUGUGUUGUGUUGUCCAGGUGUACUACACCCACCCAGCCAGCCAGUGUCCUAACAGUGUGUUGUGUUGUCCAGGUGUACUACACCCAGCCAGCCAGCCAGCCAGCCAGCCAGCCAGUGUCCUAACAGUGUGUUGUGUUGUCCAGGUGUACUACACCCAGCCAGCCAGCCAGUGUCCUAACAGUGUGUUGUCCAGGUGUACUACACCCACCCAGCCAGCCAGCCAGUGUCCUAACAGUGUGUUGUGUUGUCCAGGUGUACUACACCCACCCAGCCAGCCAGCCAGUCAGCCAGUGUCCUAACAGUGUGUUGUGUUGUCCAGGUGUACUACACCCAGCCAGCCAGCCAGUGUCCUAACAGUGUGUUGUGUUGUCCAGGUGUACUACACCCAGCCAGCCAGCCAGCCAGUGUCCUAACAGUGUGUUGUGUUGUCCAGGUGUACUACACCCACCCAGCCAGCCAGCCAGUGUCCUAACAGUGUGUUGUGUUGUCCAGGUGUACUACACCCAGCCAGCCAGCCAGCCAGUGUCCUAACAGUGUGUUGUGUUGUCCAGGUGUACUACACCCAGCCAGCCAGCCAGUGUCCUAACAGUGUGUUGUGUUGUCCAGGUGUACUACACCCACCCAGCCAGCCAGUGUCCUAACAGUGUGUUGUGUUGUCCAGGUGUACUACACCCACCCAGCCAGCCAGUGUCCUAACAGUGUGUUGUGUUGUCCAGGUGUACUACACCCAGCCAGCCAGCCAGCCAGUGUCCUAACAGUGUGUUGUGUUGUCCAGGUGUACUACACCCAGCCAGCCAGCCAGUGUCCUAACAGUGUGUUGUGUUGUCCAGGUGUACUACACCCACCCAGCCAGCCAGCCAGUGUCCUAACAGUGUGUUGUGUUGUCCAGGUGUACUACACCCAGCCAGCCAGCCAGUGUCCUAACAGUGUGUUGUGUUGUCCAGGUGUACUACACCCAGCCAGCCAGCCAGCCAGUGUCCUAACAGUGUGUUGUGUUGUCCAGGUGUACUACACCCACCCAGCCAGCCAGCCAGUGUCCUAACAGUGUGUUGUGUUGUCCAGGUGUACUACACCCAGCCAGCCAGCCAGUGUCCUAACAGUGUGUUGUGUUGUCCAGGUGUACUACACCCAGCCAGCCAGCCAGCCAGUGUCCUAACAGUGUGUUGUGUUGUCCAGGUGUACUACACCCACCCAGCCAGCCAGUGUCCUAACAGUGUGUUGUGUUGUCCAGGUGUACUACACCCACCCACCCAGCCAGCCAGUGUCCUAACAGUGUGUUGUGUUGUCCAGGUGUACUACACCCAGCCAGCCAUCCAGUGUCCUAACAGUGUGUUGUGUUGUCCAGGUGUACUACACCCACCCAGCCAGCCAGUGUCCUAACAGUGUGUUGUGUUGUCCAGGUGUACUACACCCAGCCAGCCAGCCAGCCAGUGUCCUAACAGUGUGUUGUGUUGUCCAGGUGUACUACACCCACCCAGCCAGCCAGUGUCCUAACAGUGUGUUGUGUUGUCCAGGUGUACUACACCCAGCCAGCCAGCCAGUGUCCUAACAGUGUGUUGUGUUGUCCAGGUGUACUACACCCACCCAGCCAGCCAGCCAGUGUCCUAACAGUGUGUUGUGUUGUCCAGGUGUACUACACCCAGCCAGCCAGCCAGUGUCCUAACAGUGUGUUGUGUUGUCCAGGUGUACUACACCCAGCCAGCCAGCCAGUGUCCUAACAGUGUGUUGUGUUGUCCAGGUGUACUACACCCAGCCAGCCAGCCAGCCAGUGUCCUAACAGUGUGUUGUGUUGUCCAGGUGUACUACACCCACCCAGCCAGCCAGUGUCCUAACAGUGUGUUGUGUUGUCCAGGUGUACUACACCCAGCCAGCCAGCCAGCCAGUGUCCUAACAGUGUGUUGUGUUGUCCAGGUGUACUACACCCAGCCAGCCAGCCAGUGUCCUAACAGUGUGUUGUGUUGUCCAGGUGUACUACACCCAGCCAGCCAGCCAGUGUCCUAACAGUGUGUUGUGUUGUCCAGGUGUACUACACCCACCCAGCCAGCCAGUGUCCUAACAGUGUGUUGUGUUGUCCAGGUGUACUACACCCACCCAGCCAGCCAGUGUCCUAACAGUGUGUUGUGUUGUCCAGGUGUACUACACCCAGCCAGCCAGCCAGCCAGUGUCCUAACAGUGUGUUGUGUUGUCCAGGUGUACUACACCCAGCCAGCCAGCCAGUGUCCUAACAGUGUGUUGUGUUGUCCAGGUGUACUACACCCACCCACCCACCCAGCCAGUGUCCUAACAGUGUGUUGUGUUGUCCAGGUGUACUACACCCACCCAGCCAGCCAGUGUCCUAACAGUGUGUUGUGUUGUCCAGGUGUACUACACCCAGCCAGCCAGCCAGUGUCCUAACAGUGUGUUGUGUUGUCCAGGUGUACUACACCCACCCAGCCAGCCAGUGUCCUAACAGUGUGUUGUGUUGUCCAGGUGUACUACACCCAGCCAGCCAGCCAGUGUCCUAACAGUGUGUUGUGUUGUCCAGGUGUACUACACCCACCCAGCCAGCCAGCCAGUGUCCUAACAGUGUGUUGUGUUGUCCAGGUGUACUACACCCAGCCAGCCAGCCAGUGUCCUAACAGUGUGUUGUGUUGUCCAGGUGUACUACACCCAGCCAGCCAGCCAGUGUCCUAACAGUGUGUUGUGUUGUCCAGGUGUACUACACCCAGCCAGCCAGCCAGCCAGUGUCCUAACAGUGUGUUGUGUUGUCCAGGUGUACUACACCCACCCAGCCAGCCAGUGUCCUAACAGUGUGUUGUGUUGUCCAGGUGUACUACACCCAGCCAGCCAGCCAGCCAGUGUCCUAACAGUGUGUUGUGUUGUCCAGGUGUACUACACCCAGCCAGCCAGCCAGUGUCCUAACAGUGUGUUGUGUUGUCCAGGUGUACUACACCCAGCCAGCCAGCCAGUGUCCUAACAGUGUGUUGUGUUGUCCAGGUGUACUACACCCACCCAGCCAGCCAGUGUCCUAACAGUGUGUUGUGUUGUCCAGGUGUACUACACCCACCCAGCCAGCCAGUGUCCUAACAGUGUGUUGUGUUGUCCAGGUGUACUACACCCAGCCAGCCAGCCAGCCAGUGUCCUAACAGUGUGUUGUGUUGUCCAGGUGUACUACACCCAGCCAGCCAGCCAGUGUCCUAACAGUGUGUUGUGUUGUCCAGGUGUACUACACCCACCCACCCACCCAGCCAGUGUCCUAACAGUGUGUUGUGUUGUCCAGGUGUACUACACCCACCCAGCCAGCCAGUGUCCUAACAGUGUGUUGUGUUGUCCAGGUGUACUACACCCAGCCAGCCAGCCAGCCAGUGUCCUAACAGUGUGUUGUGUUGUCCAGGUGUACUACACCCACCCAGCCAGCCAGUGUCCUAACAGUGUGUUGUGUUGUCCAGGUGUACUACACCCACCCAGCCAGCCAGCCAGUGUCCUAACAGUGUGUUGUGUUGUCCAGGUGUACUACACCCACCCACCCACCCAGCCAGUGUCCUAACAGUGUGUUGUGUUGUCCAGGUGUACUACACCCAGCCAGCCAGCCAGUGUCCUAACAGUGUGUUGUGUUGUCCAGGUGUACUACACCCAGCCAGCCAGCCAGUGUCCUAACAGUGUGUUGUGUUGUCCAGGUGUACUACUUCCGUCAGGGCCAUGAGGCGUAUGUGGAAAUGACCAAACAGAACAAGAUCUACAGCAUCAACCCCAAGAAACAACCCUGGCACAAAAUGGAGCUACGGGUAACACACACACACACACACACACACACACACACACACACACACACACACACAUACACACACACACACAUACACAUACACACAUACACACACAAACACAUGCAUGUACACUUUUCCAAGAAAAAGCCUUCUGGAUAAAAUGAUCUGAAUAAGAUUGUCAGCUAAAUGACUAAAUCACUGUGUGUGUGUGUGUGUGUGUGUGUGUGUGUGUGUGUGUAGGAGCAGGAACUGGUGAAGAUAGUAGGGCUAAAAUAUGAGGUUGGUCUCCCCUCUCUCUGCUGCCUCAAACUGGCCUUCCUGGACCCUGAUACUGGCAAGCUGACUGGAGGCUCCUUCUCCAUGAAGUAA